GUUAGCGAGGCAGCGCCGGUAGUGCGUCUGCUUCUGAGGAUCUGAGUUUUUUGCGUGUACCGAGAAGGGUGUCUUUGAGCUGCGGAGCGGAGUUACUUUGGGCACACAAACCUGACCGUAGCUCUCGUUUCUUCGUGUGUAAAGAGCGUUCCUGUUAGGAUCGGGAAGAGUGUAGCACUAACAAUGGACACCCAGAAAGACAUUCAACCCCCAAAGCAGCAGCCAAUGAUAUAUAUUUGUGGAGAGUGUCACACCGAAAAUGAAAUAAAAUCCAGGGAUCCAAUCAGAUGCAGAGAAUGUGGAUACAGAAUAAUGUACAAGAAAAGGACUAAAAGAUUGGUGGUUUUUGAUGCUCGAUGAAAUGGGAAUUUAGGAGUGUCUUCAUUUGCCCCAUUGAUGUUUUUCUUUAUUGUAUAGUUUUUGACUUAGCUUAAUGAAUCGACUGUAUACUUAUUUCAUUUUAGAAAUGCUAUUGUAUUUUAAUACUUUGUAUAAAGGAAAUUUUGGUUCAACAUACUAUUUUUUUUUUUUGUUCUUGUGAUCUCAAUGACAAAUAAAAUUGUUUUCCCAAACCACUUUUUAAAAAAAAGACUUAUUAUUUAUACAGUACUCUGCCUGUAUGUGUGCCUACAGACCAGAAGCGGGCACCAGAUCUCAUUAUAGAUGGCUGUGAGUCACUAUGUGGUUAGUGAGAAUUGAACUCAGGACCUCUAGGAAGGGCAGUCAGUGCUCUUAACCUCUGAGCCAUUUCUUCAGCCCCAAACUACUUUUAUUUAAUGUCUUGUUAAAAAGUCAAGUUUCUGGCCAUCUAACCACCAAGCCAAGUUAAAAACCUGUGUGGUCCUCUGACCUCCACAUGCAGAGCAAGACUGGAGCAUGUGCAUAUGUGCAUACCCACAGAGAAAAUAACUAAAGCAGAACAUAAAAAAUUCUAAAUGUAGGGGCUGGAGAGGUGGCUCAGAGAUUAAGAGCACUGGCUGCUCUUCCAGAGGUGAGUUCAAUUCCCAGCAACCACAUGGUGGCUCACAGCCAUCUAUAGUGAGAUCUUGUGCCCUCUUCUGGCGUGCAGGUGUACAUGCAGACAGAACAUUGUAUAGACAAUAAAUCUUUAAAAAAAAUUCUAAAUGUAGUUUUCUAUAACCUUUUUCUAAAGGUCUGAAGAAAUAAAUUCUUUGA